GACAUCAACUGCAAACGGCUUGCCAUGGCCACCGUUAAACUUCCGGUCGUUGUAGGCAGUAGUCUGUCCCCGCCGUUCUCUAUACGCAAUACCUUCGCUCGGCCCCACUCGGAUGCCCAUGUUGCACGUUGAGGAACCCCCUGUGUCUGCGUCUACACCCGCCUUAUCACCGCCCCCCCCCCCCGCCGCUCGUCGCUUGCGUCCUCUCCCUGCGCGCCUCGAGUACUCGCUGCGGCCGCAGGUCUUCUGCUCCGAGUCACCUGCACACCGUAUCGCACCCUCUGUCGUCGGCGUCGUCGGUCGCUGGGACUGCUGCCUUGGGUUCCUACUCGGAUGCGUCUGCUGUUCAAGCUCCGAUCUUAUUUCUCACGCGGACUGGGCAGCCUCUUGCACGCGUGCCGAGCAACGUGUGCCUCGUUCCCCUGUUGCAGGUCGUGUCCGCCAGCUUUGGGGUCGUUCAAGCUUCGUAUUCCAAAUUCUCGUCAGCCUGCAGCGUCUGGGCGCACUUCUGCCUACGUCUUCUUUGGGCCCCAUGAUUUUGCUACUCUUGUCUGCGGUAAACCCUACUCCUGCAAUCUUCUGAUUCGCCGUGUCUGUCGCUCGGCUGUCUUGCCGGAAUCAGG